GGCAAACAGGGAAGCCAGCAGAGUGGAAGUACUGAAAAGAGAUCGAAACAAGGCAAGCAGCAGCAGCAACAGAAAGUCACAGAGUUACCGCAAAAGAGUGCUCGCAAAACAGCAGCAACACCGAAACGAAAAUUACCAGAUUCACUUUCAACCUCUGAAACUUCCUCUCUCUGCUCUGCUGUAUCUUCGCCAGCUUCUGCCACAAAACAGAAGAAAUCUCAAAAGGAGGCGAGGAAUGCAAAAGCGUCCAGUAGCAGCAAAAAUACGGCCCAGGAAAAUAUUGCUUCAGAUGGAACUAAUAAAUCAUCGGUCGGCUUUCACGCUGAGCCAGGAAGUUCCGGACAAGUCACGCAAGGAUCAAAAUCUGACCGAUUUGGGAAGGCAUUGACACCACUAACCUCUCAACUGGCUGUACAACCGUCCUCGACUGCCAAAGCCGAACCAGGUUUGAAGAAGAAAAAGAAACAAAAGCAAGAGCCGCAAAAACCGGGCGAGUCAUCAGGAAAUGCAGUGGCAGCAUGCGGGGAUACACAGUCUGCCACAGAUUCGCAGCCUAAAGCAAUUUCAACAGCCACUACGUCAGCGACACCUACGAUGCCCGCGGCAGCAGCAGCAGCAGCAGCGAAGGAACGUUCAAAGUGUACAAACUGUGAUUAUCUGAGCAACCACGGAACUGAUAUGGUCGAGCAC